CAGCAGCAGCGACGGUGCAAGCUUUUAACGCUGGUUUUAUUUGUUUAGUUUUUUUUGUUUGUUAAUUGGACACGUUAAAGAAGAACAUCAUCGUAACAUUUAGAGGUGGUAGUUCCAUCACAGCUGUUCUGUCACAGGCGUGUCACAGGCAUCCUCACUGACUGGAACAGUAGGCAGCGCCAUCAUCAGUGUAACAGCGGGCAGCGUCGUCUAUGGCGAAAAACAGCUACUUCAGACCGAGCAGAUAGCUGCUGAAACCCCGGAUCAGACAGCAAAAACAUCUACAGUGACAAUACAGUACGUCAGCCCUUACUGCUGUCGAAACAUUGGAGCAAAGUGAGAAGCGGCAGCAAGUUGACGAAACCUGAUACUGACAUAACUACACAUUCAAAUCAAAUGUACUGAACAAUUCAUAAACAAGUACUUGGAUUUUCUUCAGUUUCUUUAUAAUUACAUGAGAUUGUCAUUGCUCAAGAUGGAUGCAACAGGCAAACCGUUAAGGAUCCCCCCUGAAAUGUCUAUGUAUGCAGAGAAGCAUGAGAUAUUCGACCUUAUCCAGACCCUAGUGGAAAGCCUGGUGAUUGACAAACCAGAAGAUCCCAUUCAGUACAUGAUAGACGUGCUGAAGAGAGAAAGGAUAGAAGUGCCAAGAGUUGUGAUACUGGGCCCACCAGCCUCUGGGAAAACAACAGUGGCUAAAAAGUUGUGCGAGCACAUCGGUGCUGUUCACAUAACCUCGAGUCGCAUCCUUAAGGAUGACACCGAGCUGACCAGAGCCACGAAGCAGAACACAGAGCAGAGUCAGGAGAUCCCACAAGACCUCUGGAUCAAGCUGAUUGAGAAACGGCUAUCAAGGCCUGACUGUGUGAGACGGGGUUGGUUGCUAGAGGGCAUCCCCAAAAGCAGAGAAGAGGCGCUGUGUCUGCAGGCAUCGGGCUUCGCCCCCAAGCAUGUUGUGAUGCUGCAGGCACCCGAUGACGUCCUGACUGAAAGGAGUCUGGGCAAAAGGAUAGACCCUGUCACAGGAGAUGUGUACCACCUGACGUUCAUGUGUCCUGCGAGUGCCGGGGUAGCUCAGCGUCUCGAGAGGCCAGAUUGCCUGAUGGAGGACAAGGAAAUAUCCCGUCAGCUGCAGGCGUACCACCGGAAGGUCCAGGGUCUACAGGACACCUACGGUUACUGCCUAAAGAUCAUUGAUGCUGACCAGCCCCAUGAAGAUGUCUUUGAUCAAGUGUUGAGCUACAUCCUGUCUAGACAUCGCUCCGACGCGCCUCACACUCCCCGAAUCCUCUUGUUUGGACCACCGGGAUGUGGGAAGAGUCUCCAGGCCGGCUCGCUUGCCCAGAAAUACAACCUCGUCGAUGUUUGUUGUGGUGAACUUUUGAAAGCAGUGGCGGCGGAUGAGAGCAGUAUGGGAGAGCUCAUUAAACCCUUUCUGGAGUCAGGACGGCAAGUCCCUGACAACAUGGUGCUGAAGAUCCUGACUGAGAGACUGAGCAGGCUGGACUGUACCACACGCGGUUGGGUUCUUCACGGCUUCCCUCGUGAUGUAGAACAGGCUGAGAGGCUGCAGGAGUCCAACAUUCUCCCUAGCAGGGUCUUCUUUUUGGAGAUGAGCGAUGAUGUCGCUCUGGAGCGACAGACCCUCAGGUUCACCGAUCCGGUAACAGGAGACAGGUUUCACUCGUUGCACAAUCCUGCCCCAAGUGCCAAAAUCCAGGCCCGGCUACAGCGCAACCCACGGGAUGCAGAGACCGAAGUGUGCAAGAGGGUGCAGGAGUACCGCAGCCACGUGGCUGCCCUGAAGGCUUUCUACCCCCAGGCUGUGCAGGUCAGCGCUGAUCAGCAAGCCCACACUGUGUUCGAGUGCCUGGAGAGCGGGAUGGUGGGCCGUCCUUCCAAGGGCCUGCCUGAAUUAAACAUCCAAGCCCUUUCUGGCUCCUCUGGUCCGUAAUCACUCCCUGCUUGUUGACCCCAGCUGAUCACAGGGGAGUACAGCAGGCCGGCUAAUUAUACACAUGUUUAAUUAAUGUCGCAAUAAAACGCAGCCUGUCCGGGCUCUUUGUCAGGGGUAGUAUUAGUCCCGCUUCAGUAGUCUUAUGCUAAGGAGCAAGGGCUGCUCUGAUUAUCAAGCCCUCCCUCUGUCUUUCUCUCUCUCUCUCUCUCUCUCCACAUGCAGAGGUCAGUCGACUGGCUCCCAACGGGGAGGAAAGGAGUUAAGUGCACUGGUUAGCGAGACGUGUUAACAGCCAAGCUUUAAACUCCCCUCAGAUACCGUGCCAUGACAGGCAGACAUUGACUUAAUUAGAGCGAAUGAGCUCCAGAAUAUGCAUCAGCUCUGAAUACAUAAACAGCCAGUACGAAGAAGAAAUGGCAUGCUUUUUUCUUUUUUUUUUUCUUUUUCUUUUAAACUGAUCUCAGCCCGCUCUGUUGCAGGAAGAAUAUGUUUACUCCCCAAACAAAGAUUUUACAGGAUAUCUUGAAGGAAUACAGCAAAGCAGAUGAUGAAAUAAACUUUACUAAAUGAGAAACGCACUCUUUAGUGCUUGGAUAUUUCCUUCACAGAUGCUGCAAAUAUUUAGAUAAGCCACCUUUUUUUUUUCAAGCGCAAACACAUUUUAUUUCUCUAAAUGCAUCAUCUGGGUUGGUCAUCUCUGAUUCUUGAUAAUA